CCAGAUUCUCCUCCUGUCGUCUCACCAGACAGACGUCCUUCUGACUUACGCAACACGCAUGCGUCAUAGGGCGAAGGUCAGAGGUCGAAAGCGAACUUUUCAAAAUGGCAGCUGGUAAAGGUGAGACAAAGUGGACCCUGAAGGAGCUGAAGGACCGUCUGGAGGGGAAUGAGCUGGACCUGAGUCUGUCCAACAUCACUAAGGUUCCUGUGCAACUGCUGUCCAGUCUCCCCAAGGCCACAGUGUUAGACCUGUCCUGUAAUCUCCUGGUCAACCUACAGGAUCCCUUCUGCACCCAGCUUACCCAUGUGAUCAAGCUGGACCUCAGUAAGAACCAGCUGGAGGAACUUCCUGCAGACUUUGGCAGACUGACCAGGCUCAGACAUCUGGACCUCUUCCAGAACCGUCUCAAGACUGUACCGGUCAGUUUCUGGCAGCUGACCAGUCUACAGUGGUUGGACCUGAAGGACAAUCCACUAGACUCUGCCCUGGUACCAGUGGUGGGGGACUGUCUGGAUGAGAGACAAUGUAGAAACUGUGCCAAAGGGGUGGUGAGUUAUAUGAGAGCAGUUAACUCAGAGUUGGAAAGAAAGAGACAAGAACAGCUCCAGCAGCAGCGAAAGCUGGAGGAGGCCCGGCGGCUGCAGGAGGAGCAGGAGCAGGAGCUGCGCAGGAGGAAGAAGAAGGAGGAGAAGGAGAGGAGGAAACGGGAGUACGCCGAGCGCCAGGCCAGCAGGAAGCAGCAACAGGAGGGAGGGGGGCAGGAGGAGGAGGCUGACACCGAAGAAAAGGCAAACGGGAUUGCCUCAGCUACUCCAGAAAAACACAGAACUACAGGAUCAUACUGUUACAAGCUUCCCCUCAUCAUCAUCAUGUUGUCAGUCAUUGCUGUUGCCGUGGCAACAUACUUUUACUGUGAGAGUGAGCCGACCAAUCAGCUGUGUCGUGACCUUCAAACCCGGGUCCACCAGGUGGAGACUGUCAUCAGAGGAUGGGUGGCUGUUGCUGAACAGAUGGCGGUUGGGCAGAAGAAGUAAAGUAACUGAUGUGAUUUUGUUAGGCAUGAUUAAGUUCUUUCCAGUUACCUCUUCCCCUGUCUCCUGUGAAAUGACAUGGCGUGGUAAAAUUACCUGGUUUGAUCAAAUUUUAAUGAAUUACGCAAGCAGCCAGUGACCACUCUCUGUGUGGGGAAAUGGCUUGAAUAUUUUGUAAUUUUUUUCUCCUAUUGCCAGUCCAGUGUAAAUUUUGUCAUCUUGUGAUGAAGUAGUUGCCAUAUUGUUGGAACUUAAAUGUAAGCUUGUGAAGCCAUGUUGGUGUUUCUAUGGAAAUACAAUAUAUUCAGGAGAGACUAGACAUAUUUUUGACCUUUUGCAAUCAUCAGUUUUUUUUAAUGUAGCAUCUUACAUGUAUCAAAAUAUGGCAGCCUCCUUUGUUAUGAAAGAAAUGUUCACAAAUGUUCUGCAAAAAUUCCCACCUUCUCUACGUAUAACGUUACAGUAAAUACUGGUACAAUGUAUGAUGCCAAAUAUGUCUUCACCAGUUCCCUUAACUCUGAUAGCUGUUUAACAGUGAAGAAGUCUUGUUACAUUUGUUGCUCAAGUGAUUUGUUCAAGAUACAAGUUGAAAACUACACAGUAUUGUACAGCAUACGAUACUUUCUGAAAUGUCCUUUCCUCUACUUCUCAUCCAUGUGAUAAUGCAUGUAUACUAUUAGUUAGGGAGAUAUAAGAGGUACGCAAAGUUGCAAUGAUACCCCAACUUUUUUUAAAAAAUCCAGAUUUGAAUUUUUCCUGAUAUGUACUUAAGGCGUACCCACAACAUGCAUUAGGAUUUAUUUGUAACUUUUUAGUCAAGGAGCCAACCAACAAAUGCUGGUGAAAAUUUCACCAUAUGGCAGAGUGAGUGAGUAGUAGAAUCACUGUACACUACUAAGGCUAUAACAAAAUUUAGUUAUGUACAUUGUUCUCAGUGUUUUAUCAGCAACUAUUAGUCUGGAAUGAAGAAGUAAAAAAGCAGAAUUACUCAGUGUUGAGGUUUGGAUGAUGAAUGCAGCAAUCCUUGCUGAGGACCAAGAAAAUAACAAAGUCUGGCUUGUAGGCCUUGUUCAUGGUGGGAAUUAAGAUAAAACAGUUACUGUACCAUGUGAUGUGCUGUAGUGUCUUGUAUAUCUUAAAUACAUGAGCCAUACAUUAAGAACCCAGUAAAUGCACAAUACUGUACUGUUUGGGUUUGUCCUAUGUAAUGCUUUCAUUUGAUAGCUUUUUAAUCACAGCAGCAUCCAUAAGUGAAAGAUGAAAAUAUGGCAGCAAGUUAUUAAUGUAUGAUAUUGAAAUCUUAGCAACACAUGUUCUACUUGUGGUUGAUGGUUAUUCACUACAAUUGCUUAAUAUCUUAUAAACACUGAAGUCUUCUGAAAUAUAAAGACGCAUGGUGAAGUGUUGAAUGGCUCCUUUCAUAUACCAUGGAUAUUAAUGAAUCUUUUGUGAUAUUGCUAAAAGUAAUCCUCAAAAGUAAUGUGACAUUUUAGCCCUGUACUUAGUUGUUACAGCAGAUGUACUUUUUAAUUUCCUUGACCUUGAACAGAUCAAGUUUGAAUAUUGUUGCUGCAUGUGAAAAUUGUUCCCACCUUAUUUGUUUGGAAAACAAGGCUUUUCUUCAUGUUGGUAUCAUUUCUUUGUGCCUUGAUAUAGAUAGCCUCAGCAUAUUUUUAGUUGAACAGGGAAAUUUGUUUUUUUAGAACAAAGAAUAUAAAUGAUGAUGUACUGUAUACUGCCAGCUAAAAUUCACAUUUGUUCUAACAUUAGGCAUCUAACCUCUCCCUUCCGUCAUGACAGUUCUGCUGCAUUAGAUUUCUACUACAGUCUAAGACACUCAUUUGGAUGAGAUGACAUGAGGGUAUUUUAUACUCAGGGUGACCAGACUCGUUGGACACUGAUCCACUGCCAUAUGCAGCAAGUUGAGGAACAUUAAAGCUGUCCCCACCCCACUA